AGCGAAACCAGGAGGAAGCCAGCCCCGUGCCUGGAGGGGAUCCGCCAUCUCAGAUCUCUCGGCCUUGCCAGGGCCCACCAGAGAAAACUGACGCUCUGGUCCGGCCAUACCUAUGGGGGACCAACCUUGUGCCUCCGGGAGAUCCACGCUCCCACCAGGAGAAACGCGGGAACCCAAGCCUCCAAGAAAGCGCUGUCUCCUGGCUCCGCGGUGGGAUUAUCCCGAAGGGACUCCCAGUGGAGGUAGUACCACUCUCCCCUCGGCGCCUCCUCCUGCAUCUGAUGGACUGAAGUCGCACCCUCCUCCUCCGGAGAAGUAGUGAAAUAGAUUUUUCCCAGCCUAAAUCAGUCGUUGAGAGGUUGAAGUAUGAUUCCAUUUCCCUGGUGCGUUUGUAACACAGUUCACCCAUUGACGACCAUGAAGAUUCUUGCCAACGCUACCCUGCUUUUGCUGGUGUCCCGCAGCUGGAAGUUGUAUUGCUAAAGGCUCAUCUUAUAUUUUCUACCCCAUUGACCAUUUCUCUAUUUGACUGUGUUCCUGGGAGAUCAUAUUUGCAAGCUGAGACAUUGUACCAGGUGCCCAUACUGCCAAAAUAAGAUGUCUAACUCACCCACUAAAGCCAUAAACCAGUUUGAGGCAUAGGCCACACUGGGAAUGCACAGAGCUUCUUGACAAAUUUGAAAGUUGUCCUCCCAAGGCAUUCUGGCAUUUUUCUGUGGACUGAAUUGAGAAAUAAGCAUUCUGCGCAUUCUUUACUGGAACAACAGUUAAAUAUGAUGAGUCCAAAACCAGACUCACAAAUAGUAGCAAAUGUCUGUCAUUCAUCAACCACUGAGAGACUUUUCCUAAGUCUUGUAUUAGAUACAAGGCCACCACUUCAGCUGUGAAAGAUAAGAGGAGGGAGAGACGUGCAGAGAUCUGGACAAGUGAAUGGUGGGAUUCCUGCUUUCAAUGUCGCACAAUCUCUUUCAAAUAUAAUUAACUGUAUUCUCUCUGCAUCUUUUUAUGGUUUUUGUCCUACCAUUUCAAAUCAUACUAAAGUGUGCAUCAUAUUCUUUACUUCCUUCACUCCUUAUAUUUUGUGUGCAUUGAUGCUUUUCCUAUUUGAGGAAAGGAUUACUUUCUCUGACUUGUCUAUAUUGCCUCUGUAAGUUGACAUUGCUUGGUAUAAAUGAAAGUUUUUCACUUGUCCAUCAGCCACAAUGUGUUUCUUUUUUUUUUCUUUUUCUUUUUUUUAUAUCCUUUUUUUAUUUUAUUGAGAAUAAAAAAAAAGUUUCCGCCUCCUCCCAGCCUCCCAUUUCCCUCCCCCUCCCCCCACUCUUCUCCCCCUCCCCCCUCCCACAAUGUGUUUCUUAACACUUUUUGUCUUUGCUUGUUUUCUGUACUGUUUUGGAAAACAAAGCAAAAUAUUAGUUCAUAAAACACUGCAUCAUACAUUAAGCAUAUAGUUCAUUGAUAGAAAAUAUGCCUAUCUUGUAUGAGUCCCUGGGUUUGUUUCAUAGCACCAAAACACCUCCUAAAAUAAAUACAAGAUCCAGUGUAUUAUAUUGUAAAAUAUUAUAUUUGGAAGGAAAAUUUAAAUCUAUUUAGGAGGUUAGUGUAGCUUUUACUAAGGUCUCCAAUCGAAUUUUAAGUAUAAAUUCUUUUAGAUAGCCUCUUGCUAUGGAGCCCAGGCUUGCCUAGAACUCACCACACUGGGUUGCUUUCAGUCUCCUGAUCUGACUACAUUUACCUCCCAAGUGCUAGAAUUCCAGUCAUGUGUUACCACAUCCUGCUUAUAAUUUGUUUUUGAACAUGAAAUACUACAUUUAAAAGAGCUAAAGGUAUUUUUUUAAAAAAUUGUUUAUAUAACCUCAUAAUUGUGCUGAUAGUAGCUAUCAAAUGUUUAUUUCAUGUUUCAUAAACUUUAAGUAAAAGAGCCACUAGUUCUGUCUGAGGUCUGCCUCAUGUAGAGACAUGUAGAGAAUGAAUUAUUAUACCUAUUUUAAGAAAGCACAGUUAGCCCUCCAUCAAAGGCUCUGUGUUGAUGGAUUCAGUUAGCUCCAGCCCCAGUUAGCUCAAAUGUCCUUUUGUUGCUAUGGUUGUCCUAUACUGUAUUAGUGAAUCUUUGAUUGUUUUGCUGGUAGACUUUUUUUUAUAUGACUACUGAAACCAUAUAACAACUAUUUGCAUAGCAUUUAUAUUGUUUUAGGCAUUGCAAGUAAUCUAUGAUAUUUAUAUAUGAGAAUGUAAGCAUGCAUGUCAUUUAUAUGGAAAUAUGAUGCCAAUUUAUACAAGGGAGUUAAAUAUUAACAGAGUUUGGGAUCCAUUUCCUGGCAGGUAGAUACUUGGGGAAACUUGAAAUUUGGUUUGCCUCAUAAUCCAACAGGCUGAGAAUAUAUUUGGAUGUUUAUGAAAACAAUUGGAACCAGGUGGUAAUAGCACUUGCCAUUACUCCCAGCAAUCAGUAGGCAGAAGCAGAUGGAUCUCUUUGAGUUUGAGGUCUGUCUGGUCUAUAGAGUGAGUUCUAGGACAGCCAAGACUACACAGAGAAACCCGGUCUCAAAAAACAAUAAAAGGAAAACAAUUGGAAAGAUACUCCAUGCCUUUUAUUUAGAGAAUUAUUAAGUUGUAAAAUCUUGUGGUGUACUAUUAUAUACAUAUUCAAAAGAGCAUAUUAAAUCUAUAAUAUAUACUAAAUAUAAAAUGAUAAGUAAUGAAAACAUUGCAUAAUAAUAUAUAUUAUAUAAACUCAUUUUAAUAACAAAUGGGAAACCUACAUAUUUGUCAAUAUAUCUGUUUAUGAUGAUUAUAAAAAUGUGGAGCAUGUACUCUAGACUACAUCUGUCAACCUGCAGAGACUAGAAAUGGGACUUAUUGGGAAAAAAAUUACUAAACUUUUCUUUCUCUUGUUUUUUUAGACAUAGGGUCUUACUUAGCCAGCCUAAUUAUCCUGUCUCAACUUCCCAAAUGCUGAGAUUACAGGCAUGUAUGCACUACACCCAGCUUCUAAUCUUGUCUUUAUACAUUUUAUAUUUUAUCCUUUAUUACUAUACCUAUCUUAAAAUAAUUUUAAUGAAACUUUUAAGCUUGUAUAUAAAGAAAGAAAUCAUAAACAAUAUGAAGUUGGUUGAUACACACUCCGGUUACAUUAAUGCACACAUACAAAUGUGUAUAAUGAAUAAUUCAUUAAUUACUCCUAAUAACUUAUCAAAUAGUCCUGUCUUUUAGUAAAAAAAAACCAUGAAUUAAAAGAAUGGACAGGUCAUGGAAGACAGAAUGUAUGUGGUCAACCAUGAUGAAUGACUUUGUGCAUUCUUUACUGGAAGUCAAAAGGCAGUUGAAUCUGUUGAAAUCAAAACUGAACAUACAAACAGGAGGCACCCCCAUUCUGUUAUAAAUCAACCGUUGUGGAACUUCUCGUUUGUACUAACUAUAUCAUACUCAAUGCCAUUCAACAACUGAAUGAUUAAAGAAGUUAACAUUGUGAUAUAAUGUAAAGUAACCUUGUAAACCAAUAAAAUAUUGAGGUAAGCCAGUUUUUAAUAAAGAAUGUUUAUGAAGUGAACUUGGUGGGUGUGGUGGUGUAUGCCAUAAUCUCAGCACUUGGGAAACAGAGACAAGAGGGAAAUCCCCAAUUUUACAAAUUCACCAUUAGUUCAUUCUAUUUGUAGUAGUCAAAAUUCUUGGGAGAUGGCUCAGUGGGUAAAGUGCUUGCUGCAUGAGUGUGAAGCCCUGAGUUCGAGUCCCCAUAAACCAGGUAAAACUGGGUGUGGAACCACACAUCUGUAAUCUCAGCACUCCUACGCCAAGAUGGGAGGUGAAUCCUUGGAAGCUUGUGGGCCAGCUAGCCUGGCCUCUGCACCUGUGACCAACAGAGAGACCCUGUGUCAGACAAGGUGGAAGGUGAGAACCAACAUCCGAGAUUAUCUUCUGACAUCCAUAUGCACAUCAUGGAACAUGUACACCCACAUGUGAAUGCAUACACACACAUGCACACACACACACACACACACCCUAUAAAAAACACACAAAAGAUGAAUUAUCCAUAAUCCUCAGAUUUAUAAAUGAUAAUGCCAAAUAUAUAAUAUGUGAAAUACAUACAAUGAAAGUAUAAACAGUUGAAAGAUUUUUUUAACAGCAUCAGCAUUUUUCCAGGUAUGUAUUUUGACCUGUCUUUCAUUUGUGGAGUUGAUGAAAGUGACCCUAUGUAAGAAUAAAUCGACUUUAUUGUUUUUCAUAAGUAAAAGUUGCAAUCACACUCGAUGCCAUUUAACAGAGGAAUAAUUAAAUAGGUAGUAUUGCCAUAUAAUAGAAUGAGACAACUGAAACAGUGAGACAAGUUAAUUUUUAUAACGAAAUCUUAUUAAGGGAGCAGGGCAUAGUGGUACACACCCAUAAUCCCUGCACUUGGGAAAUAGGCAGGAGGGAAAUUCUGAGUUUGAGACUAGCCCUGGCUGUACAGUGGUAGUGAGAUAUUAUCACAAAAAGAAAAACAGCUAGAACUUAAAUGGGUAAAAAAUUAGUGAAGAAGUAUAUAAACUGAUGAUGUAAUUCAUAUUCCAAACUCCAAAUCUAAAAUACUGUAUUGUAACCACCAUGUAUGUGUAUGUACAUACAUACAAACAUACAUAGACAAUGGUAAAGAAGUAAUUGAUGCUGAUGCUUUUAUCUGGAGAUACAGGGAAAUCUGAGGAAUGGUAAAAGUCUGGUGACAAGAAAGUUUCUAUUUAUAUUGUUUAAAUAUGAAUUUUCUAAAGAACAUAAGAAGGUAGUCAAGAGCGGUGAAGCAGCACUGGUCCUAGGAAAGCAAGAGCCGCUGAAAUAGGCAUUCCAGCAAUUCUCUGGGAGAAAAUUACACUAAGGGUAGUAGAGACAUCUGAUCUCAUUGACACAAAAGCUUUUUUUUUUUUUUUUUUACAUUCAAACACAUUAGGUACCGAGCACUAGCAGAUUAUCAAGACCCUAUGAUCUGUUUCUCCUAUAGCCUGUUUAGAAGGGGAUCUGAAGCAUUGCCUUCUGAACACGUGUUUGACCUGUAUAAUUGCGUUUCUCAUUGUAAAUGAAUAUGUUUCUCUUUUUAUAUCUUUCAGUAUUAUGAUGUAAUGACUGUGAUUUCACCUCCAGAAUUUGGAUGAAUUUAGGACGUGGGCAAGAUCGGGUUGUAUACUUCUAGGACUGAAGGCCAUGGUGUGUGUGGAUCAUGGUAAACUCACCAAAGCAAGCCCUUGACAUGGUCCUGCAGAAGCCAAUCAUUGCUCUCUUUUGUUGACACCCAGUCUUUGCUCUAUUGCAUUAAAGCUUCAUAAAUGCA